GUUGAUCGGGCGCACGAGGAGCCGCCGGCCGAGCGACUCCGUCAGUCUCGCGAAGAUAUUCCGGGAGUCAACAGGUGCGAUAGGAGCCAGGGAGCACUCCGGAGAGAGAGAGAGAGCGCGCCCCUUCGUCCUCUUUCCUCUUUGCUUUCGUCCGAAGGAACCGGAGCGUAGAUACUCCGCGGAUACGCGCAACGUUUCCUAAUUCGCGACGACGACAAGCGGUGACAGUCGCGUAUCAUGCAGUCCUGAAGAAAGUAUCUUCAUUUUCCCCCCGCGGACCUCGUGCAUCUUCCUCCGCGCCGUUUCGUACUUUUUAUUUAUCACAGAGAUCGCUGGGAAAUUCAAGAAACAUGGCGACGAUAAGAAGAUACCAGAUUGCAUUUCUUCUGUUCUUCGUGGCUUUGGCACUUGGCACAUGUCAUAGCGAGUUACCUAAGCCAAGUUAUACCAGGACGAUGUUGAAGGUCUCUCGAAGUCUUCCGGGUGAGACGGAAGAGCUGAAAGUGCGAACGAGUGAAGGCAGCAUGGCUACAUUAAUCGUCAAACGACGUGACAAAUCAUCGUACGCCAACGACUCGAAGCUUUCACCAAAACCUGCUCAAGAAGAAUCGAACGUUACCGUAGAAAAUAAAGGAAACUUCUCGGUAAAUGCGCAGAAUAAAUCGAUGCUCAAUGAUAAGACAGACGAAGCUAAAAGGAAGGAUGAAGUUCGAAGAAUCGAGGAGGCCCAAGUAGAACAGAUCAGGGCGAUGGUCUUCAAAGCUUCGGAAUCGAAGAAUGAAAAGUUGAAGGUCAAUCAAACCGAUAAGAUAUCGGCAUCUGAGAGAAGUCAACCUAUCAGUGUAAUCGAUUACGGGAGUUGGACGCCAUUGGAUGCAGACGGAAGGGCUUUGAAACGGGAGGAACCGAAGGAAGAGAAGGAGAAGGAAGAGGAGGAGGAGUAUCGCAAUUGGAAACCGUUGCAGACGAAUUUACAGAGUACCGUCGAGGAGAGGGAAAAUUAUGAUAAGUUGGGUGAGACUAAAUUCGGCAGCGGUAUCUUAUUCGCCAAGAACGUCCAGGACCGAACUCAGAGGAAUUUCGAGCUCGACGAUCAAAAUGUUGCGAACGAUGGCAUGUUUCAUUAUAUGUAUAUACCUCAUAUAACGUCCACGAGGACGAAUAUUGGUGCCAAUCUAUUGAAAAAUCGAGAUGGUAAAGCCGUGCCUCCGGAGGUGAUUGUACGAUCGGAAAUCAAUGUAAAGACUACACCGAAGAGAUCGCCCAUGUCACUAGACAUUGAUGGUACGCCAAUAAUUCACGGUACGAGAGUGCCUGACGAGCCUGACGACAAAGUGCAGACUUGGCGAAACGCUCGAGUUAUCAAUAAUAAGUUGAUUACUCCCGAGAGCUCCCUGACGAAUGCCCCAAAUUCUGCUGCUGAGGCUUUCGACGAUACCGCGGAGAAGAGGCAGAAGUUUGAGAAGUUCUUUAAGGAUGUUAAUCGAAGGUAUGGUCGCAAUUAUGACGAAGAAGCCCGCAACAUAUACUUCGAGUGGGACCCAAGGAAUUACAAGAACGAUGCCUUGAAAGCCGAGGUCUAUGAGCCACGCAACGAUCAUUAUCGCGCGAGUAUUCACAAGAGGAUGCUGCACCCGGACAGCAUCGCGAGCUAUCCAAUUUCUCAACGUUACACCCCCGAGAGUCAGACUAUUGCGCCGGUGGCGCUGAAGGCCGGUGCCCGCGCGCCGGUUCUCCAGUACGCCCAUCCAGAGCUGGGCGUGCAACCGGCCAAGAUCUUGAAGAACGAGAAACGCCGACCGGACAAUUUUCCGGAGAGCCAACACUCGUUCACCGAGCAGCGUCACAAGAAGAAGUACGUGCUGAACAAUAAGAACAUCGUGGACAGCUACACCACGAAGAACUAUUAUCCGAAUCAGCAUUUCUAUGGUUUGAAACGACCAUAUGAGCCACCCUUCUGGGUGAAAAUCUCCGAAAAUCUGAAGAAUCAAUUCUCCACCGGAGUCGAGAAGGUUUCGCAGUUCACUAGGCCGGUAAUCGAUCCUUUGGUGGAGGCUACUCAUAAGAUUUCGCAGAAUCUCGGUCUGUCCAAGGGUAAGGAGGCUCAGGACAAGAUCGACACGGUAUCAUCAGGUAGUAUCCUGAUACCAGCUCUAGGUCUUGUCGCAUCUGGCGCCGCGCUUGGCAUAGGCGCUGUAGCGGUCGGUCGAUAUCUCGACGUCGACGUUCUCAAACGAUCGAACGUGGACGACGACGAUCUGGAGCACAAGCGUGCCUUGGAAGCCGGAGCGUACCUAGAAACGCUCGAGAACGAGAAUCCAAGAUCGAACGAAGCGACGCCGCAAACCCUGUACAUUCUGCAAAACGUUCCUCAGAACGAUAAAGUGGAAAACCAGGGUACGGACUCAACAGAAAGCGACGGAGUCUUCUUGAUUCUAGAGGAGGACAAGCGAAACGCCGAGAGGAUUGAGAAUCGAGAAAGUAAACAGUUGGUGGACGAAGCUGAUUAUAUGGCGACCAACAGACGUAGAAGAAGAAGUCUUGACUAUUUGGACAUCUUCAAGACGAACGUCGACAUGAAAAAUUUGGUCCGCAGGAAGCGCUUUCAGAGGAAAGGAGCCGAUUCCAUCAGCGAGAUCGUGGAAAUCGAUUUGCCCGCUGGUUCAGAUCGCAUCGACAUCACCGAAUUCUUGAUUCCGAAGAAGAAACACUUGAGUGAAAAUGCUGUUCUAAUUGUCGAAGAUAGCUCGAAGAUCCCGUCAGAAAAUCUUCAAGUGGAUACGUCGAAUCAGAAUGUAUUGAAAAAUAUCGCGAUGAUCGAUGAUAGUUCACGGGAUACAGCUUCGAUAAACGAAAAUAAUGAACAACAAAGAAGAAAUCAGGGAGUCGACGAUGCUUUUUUCGUGUUGGACACAUCGCAAGUUCUCAGAAGUAAUCUCGAGAAGGAAACGAUAAACGAGAGACGAAAGCGAAGCGUCGAAAGUGAUCAGGAGCUUCUGGACGCGUUGCAGAAUCUGGAGAACGCGGAAGUGGCGGAAGUCGCUCACAUACCGGGCGAUUGGACGAAUACGCCCUGCGCGAAGAGAAUAUUUUGCGACACGAUGAUCCAAAGAGGUUCCGACGCCUCGGUGCUCAUGGAGAAAAAGAUGGCGGCGUUAUUAAGACUAAUCCAACCUGGAGCGGCCGUACAAGUGUCCAGUCAUUUCGAGGAGGUCAUGAACGCUGUCAGGAGACAUGAUUGUUCCAGCUUCCUGUGUCCACAGGCGAAACCUGGCAACAUCUUCUUUUAACUCUAGUUAGAUUCUGCUAAAAAAAAAAGUAUUCUGCUUCUGUUAAAGGGAUUAAACAGUCAAAUUGCUUCAAAAUAAAGAUCUUCUUUACGAGUCAAUUGCAAAGAAAUGAAAGCACAUCCAGAUUUAUCCUUUUAUACAAUGUUUAUUGUUACCAUGAAAAUAGAAAACAUUGCUAUUAAACAUGUAUACAAUGUAUAUUUAAAAAUAGCUUGGAUUUAAAAAAAGGAUGACUAUAUAAGAAUUUGAAAAAGUGUGUUCUAUCUUAUAGCGAAUACAGAAUUGAGAAAACAUUUUUUUCAAAUUAUCGUAUAGUCGUUCCUUACGUCACAUCAUUUUUUAAAUAUAUAUGUAUAUAUAUUUAUUGGUAUUAAAAUAUAAAUAAAAUUGGUAAUAAAUAUAUAUGUGUAUAUUUAUAAUCAAUUUUUUUCUAUCUACCUGAUAGCAAUAAACAUUGUAUAAAAGAAUAAAUUUAGAUAUGCUUUUAUUUCUUUGCAAUUGACUCAUAUACAUAUAAAGAAAAUCUUUAUUUUUAAGCAAUUUGACUGCCUAAUCCUCUUAACGUUUCUGUUGCGUUUGCAUCAGAAUUUGCAGAAUUUGCUCUUCAUUUUUUCGAUGCAGCAUUAGAAACUACUGUUGCCUCGACAUUUUUGUUAGAAUAAUUAUUUCGACGAAUUAUAUCAACGGAAAAUAUUUUUGAACCAAAAACACCUGUAAAUGCAAAUCUUGUAUGAUUAUUAAGAUUAUGCGAACUCUCCUUAGCAGCGUUCAUCAACUAACAAAACAAAGAAACGAACACAAAGCACGAUUUAAAAUGAGUUUAAACGUUAUUUAAACUCGUCGAUGCUCAUAAAUGCCAAUAAUAAGUAAAGAGAUGCAAAAGCCUUUCUUAAGGUUUGCCAGAUAUAUUAAAUUCGUAUGAUACGUAUAUGAAGUACUUUUUGAUUAGUGAAAAUUUGCGACUCGCGUGAUUAGGUGCAUCCAAAGCGUCACAUUCAAGAAAAUUCUUCAUUAAUUUGUGAUUGCAAUGAUUUUGCAAUUAAACACGUUUUCAUCAAAUACGCUGAGGCGCUCGAAUACAUCGAGCCAAAACUGUACAUACUUGCCAUCGAGGCGAUUUUAUUUAAUAUAUACGCAUACUUGUAACUUAGAUAAUUUAAGUAUAGAAUUUAAGAGAGAGAAUGAUAAGCUUGGCGGUAAGCGAGUUGCAUUUUCUGCAAUUUUCACAAUGUUCACUAUAUCAUGGAAUUUCCUAAUUUUCCUUCGGUGAAUAUUUCCGCCUGUUGCUUCAUCUCGUCUCCGCGUUCUGUCCGAAUAUAAAUUAUAUCGUGCGUGAUGUGUAAUUUAUAUCGACGCGCUGAGAUCAGAACGUUACUUACAUGAGAAUGUUAUUAAUUCAAAGAAAGGAAUGUCGCCAGCUGUAACGAGAAUAUAUUUAUUUCCGCCUUUAAAUAAUAUUGUAUUUGUAUAAGCCAACGAAUAAAUAAUAUUUUCUAUGACAA